CCUCCUCCUCCGGCUCCGGGGAAAGCUGCCGGGCGCGAGCCAGCUCCGUCGUCUCUGAACCGGGGGAGGGAGGGCAGAGAAGCGCGGAGGGAAAGUGCGUCGGGGAUGCCAGAGCCCUGGGCUGCGCGUUGGAGGAGGAGGUGGAGGAGCAAGGGGGAGGAUGAUGCCGCUGCCUCGUAGGGGAGGCCGGAGAGAGGAGCAGAAGGGAUCGCUCCGGAGAGGCGGCACAGGCACGCGCCAGCCUGCGGGGAAGCGGACCUGCAGGACGGGCUGGGGCUCCGGCAGCUCCCCGCCCGCGCCGCACUGGAUACUGCAAAGGGCGACAGCCGCCGCCAGCCCCGCGGACAAGCAGCAGCAGCGCCCGCCGCAAAAGUUUUGGUGCGGGGGGCAAAAGGCGCAGAGGGGGAUUAUGAUCCGUGCCGGACGAGGACUCCCAGAGCCUGCCAGGCUUCUUAGAUCCUGCACCAGGCUGAAAUGAAGACCUUGUAGACUGAAGAAAGCUGAGUGCACCACGCCUUCACUGCAGAGAAAGGACAUAUUGGUCUACCCUACCGACUUAUAUGCAGACAGCUUUUGGUAGCUUUAAAUAUCCAAUUGCUCCCCUGCAAAGGCACAGCUCUUGCUUCUUUCAACACAUAUGGAGAAAGGCAGCAAAAUAUGUAAUCCUGGCUAAUAAGACUGUGGCUUUCUUAUGAAAAGCAGGAGGUAGGCCAAUUAUAAAAGGAUUAUUCUGCAUUUAGCAUCCAAGACUUUACCUCUUGCCUGAACACUGGACACAAAUAGAAACCAAUUUCACCAACCUACAUUUUUCCUACCUGUGCUUUAGCAUUGUUGUUAUUUCUCCUUCUUUGGAAAUUUGUUUCUUUUAAGUUAGAAAUGGGCCCAUGGACUAGAAUGUGGCCCUCAGAUUGGGCUGUUUUCCUGAAAUCAUGGCUCAUAUUUUCCUUGGGGCUCUACAUGCAGGUUUCCAAAACUUUGGCCUGUCCAAAAGUGUGCCGCUGUGACCGAAACUUUGUCUAUUGUAAUGAACGAAGCUUGACCUCAGUGCCUCUUGGGAUACCGGAGGGUGUAACCGUACUCUACCUCCAUAAUAACCAAAUUAAUAAUGCUGGAUUCCCUGCAGAGUUGCAUAAUGUCCAGUCUGUGCACACGGUCUACCUAUAUGGCAACCAAUUGGAUGAAUUCCCCAUGAAUCUGCCCAAGAAUGUCAGGGUUCUCCACCUGCAGGAAAACAACAUUCAGACUAUUUCUCGGGCUGCCCUGGCUCAGCUCUUGAAGUUGGAAGAGCUGCAUCUGGAUGACAACUCCAUCUCUACUGUAGGUGUUGAGGAUGGGGCAUUUCGGGAAGCUAUCAGCCUCAAGCUUCUGUUUUUGUCCAAGAAUCAUUUAAGCAGUGUACCAGUAGGCCUUCCAGUGGACUUACAAGAACUACGAGUGGACGAAAACAGAAUUGCCAUUAUUUCAGACUUGGCUUUCCAGAAUCUUACAAGCUUGGAACGUCUGAUUGUGGAUGGCAAUCUCCUUACCAAUAAAGGCAUUGCUGAGGGCACCUUCAGCCACCUGUCGAAUCUCAAGGAAUUCUCAAUAGUACGGAAUUCACUAACUUACCCUCCCCCUGAUCUUCCAGGUACACAUCUGCUGAGGCUCUACCUGCAGGACAACCAGAUAAACCACAUACCACUUACAGCCUUUUCAAACCUACACAAGUUGGAGCGGCUUGAUAUUUCUAACAAUUAUCUCCGGAUGCUGGUGAGAGGGGUCUUUGAUAACCUCCACAACCUGAAGCAACUUACUGUGAGGAAUAAUCCCUGGUUAUGUGACUGCAGUAUUAAAUGGGUCACUGAGUGGCUCAAAUUUAUUCCUUCAUCCAUCAAUGUCCGGGGCUUUAUGUGCCAGGGACCAGAACAGGUCCGAGGUAUGGCAGUCAGGGAGCUCAAUAUGAAUAUGUUGUCAUGCCCAACCACCACUCCUGGUCUGCCACUUGUCACCCCAGCUCCUGGUAUAACCUUGCCAACCACACUGGGUCCUACUUCAUCAACUCCAACCCUGAGUAGCAAACACACCCCUCUCACACCCGCCCCUUCCACACUCCCCACUGUGCCUACCAGGGAGGACAAGGAAAGGGUGACACCUCCCAUUUCCGAACGGAUUCAACUCUUCAUUCAUUUUGUGAAUGACACUUGUAUUCAAGUUAACUGGAUGUCCUUUUUUACUGUCAUGUCCUACAAACUCACAUGGGUUAAAAUGGGUCACAGUCCAGUAGGGGGCAUUGUUCAGGAACAGAAAGUUAGUGGUGAGAAACAACACUUAAGCCUGGUAAAUCUGGAGCCCAAAUCCACUUAUCGGAUUUGUUUGGUUCCACUGUAUGCUUAUAAUAAUUACUGGGCUGGAGAAGACACUGUCUGUUCAGAAGCCACAACCAAGGGUUCUUAUUUAAAUAAUGGCAGCAACACAGCCUCCAGCCAUGAGCAGACAACUUCUCAAAACAUGGGCUCUCCAUUUCUGCUAGCAGGGUUGAUUGGGGGGGCAGUGAUAUUUGUCCUUGUGGUCUUGCUCAGCAUCUUUUGUUGGCAUAUGCACAAAAAGGGGCGCUACACCUCUCAGAAGUGGAAAUAUAACCGGGGCCGGCGGAAAGAUGAUUACUGCGAGGCGGGGACCAAGAAGGACAACUCCAUCCUGGAGAUGACGGAAACCAGCUUCCAGAUUGUCUCCUUAAAUAACGAUCAACUCCUUAAAGGAGAUUUCAGACUGCAGCCCAUUUAUACCCCAAAUGGGGGCAUUAACUACACAGACUGCCACAUCCCCAACAACAUGAGAUACUGCAACAGCAACGUCUCAGAAUUGGAGCACUGUCAUACGUGAUAGUGAGGGGAGAUGAGGCAUGUAGAACUGUGACUAAAAACUCUGGAAAAAAAAUAAACCCACACACAAACACAAAAAUUACAUUUGAUAAAUGUUACACAGAUGCGUUUGUGCAUUUGAAUACUCUGUAAUUUAUACGGUGUACUAUAUAAUGGGAUUUUAAAAAAGUGCUAUCUUUUCUAUUUCAAGUUAAUUGCAGAUGGUUUUGUAACUUUUUGCUUUUUAAAUCUUUAAAAAUAUAUUGCUGAAGUACUGUACAGGGUUGUACAAUAAGAACCCAAUGCCAUGGCAAAGGAAAGAAUGACUCAUUCUUCAAACAUUAACCACUUUGCUGUCGAAGCUGUUUAAGGAAUGUGGGUUCCUAGGUAGUUUUGUAGUAAAGGAUAUAAGUGCAUAUUAAAAUAGGGUUGUUAGGGAUUGGCCAAGACAGUUCAGAUAAUAUGAGUAUAAUGCUUCAGACCCAAACUCAUAAUGGACUUCUGACAUGCACGCAAGUUGGAAUAGCUCUGUUCCCCAUCUGUCACUUAAACCUGCCUCUAUAUUUCAUGGUUCCAACUAGUUUUUUCUUUUAUUUUUUUUUAUUUUGUUUUGCUUUGUAUUCCUAAAGUACUGUUUUCAUAGGGUUUUUCCCUGUCAUGUCUGAAAAUGGAAAAUGCAAACCUACAGCAGUAAAUCUGAGUGCCCACUAUUCAUAUUAGCAAGAAUUCCUCUGAAAAGAUCCCCACACUAUCACAUAGAUUUGCAUUCAGCCAACUGGAAUAUGACACUUGUGGCCAAGUUCAAUGGAAGAUGAGAAUACUUAGUGCUUAUCAGGUUGCCGUGAUACUUAUCAGGUAUCAGGUCACUUUCUCUUAUAAGAGAACAAAUUUGCUCACCUGUCAUGUUUGAAUAAAGCCUGAACUUCUGAGAUGCUAAUCCUUGCCUCUAUUGAAAACCAAUGUCCAAAUUCUUUAGGAUUUGUUGUGCAUUGAAACAGCUGAUCCAAAAUCCAUUUAUCUCAAUUAAAAGUCUCCUGGUUUUUAGGGACUUUGGAUCAGGCCCAGGUUGGUUUAACGACUGCAAAUAAGUUCAGUGUAGAGAAAUAAGAGGAAAUAAUAUAGUAACUGAGAAAGAUCAUUCCUCAGACAUGCUAUGAACUGAAUUCAGUUUGGGGCAUGGGGAACAUUUCAAAGUCACAUUUUUUUUAAGUGCAUAUACUUGAGCACUAAUUAAGCCUGUGAUUUGUUAAGAAAUUUGAAUGGAAACAAAUCUCCCCCAUGUGUUUCAUUCCCUCUUCUUUUAUCCAGAGCCCUUCUGGAUUAUUUCCAAAAUAAGUAGUACUUGGGCCUAGAUUUUGCUCUUUUCUUCUCUCAGUUUAUCACUUGGAAUCACUUCUGCAUCUCUAAACUUUACACAUAUCUCAUAGACCAUCAUGCUACAUUAAAAACAUGAUAUUGCUCUGAAAGUCGCAUUGCAUUCCAGCAGCUCCAUUGACUCCUCUGCGUGCGAAGAACUUUGGAUCUUUUGCCGGUUCAAUGGUGGGAUUUGAUUCUCCAAGGUUGUUUUUUUUUUUUUGCUUGUUUUUUUCCACUUUGGCUUACUUUUUCUCCUGAGCCUAUGGGACAAGCAAAAGUUCAUAACACAGAGGAAGAAGACUAGACAAAUAUAAUAAGGCUCCUUAAAAAAAAGACCCAUGUAGGCUAGUUCUUCAGAGCUUGUCUGAGAGGGAAGGUAAUCAGAGAAAAAGCUUGCUACAGUGACCACACAAGGGACCAAUGGAAAUUGCUGUCUAUUAAAAGUGGGCUUGUAAUUAAAACUUGGAAAACUUUGGGUUACGCUAAGUUGGCUGCUGAUGUUAGGAGAGAAGUCUGUAAUCCUUUCCUUUGUGCAUUUUGUCAUACCCUCCAUCCCUGAGCCUAAGGAGUCUUUGAGUGUACAGUUUCAAAAAUGGUAUGAAAACAUUUCUAUUCUGCAAUGAAGAGAUGAAUCAGAUGCUUGAUGAUAGAGAGCAUAGUACAAUCAUUAUAUAAGGAUCUACAUCCUCCCUUCCAACCCCUUUUAUAAUCACCUUUUGGAAUUCCAAUCUAUAUUCUGUAUAUUUGCUAUUUUCUCCAGCUAUAACAGGUAUUUUAGGCAACCUGUGUGGCUACUGUAAUAGUAAAGUCACUAAAAUUUUGCUAAAUAAAAGGCUGCCAUAUGA